AUGGCCGAAACGCAGUCUGAAGAAGAGUAUAAUGGUGGAGAAGAGAGACGGCCUCGCGAAAGGAGUCAGCGUCACAUAGAAGAAGCCAAUCGAGUCGCAAAUGCCGGAAACACACCACGUCGGGUGCAGGAAGCUGAGGUGGUUGUAGAGGAAGAACCAACCCUGUUCAUGGCACACAAGGAAGAAAUGAAAACAAGCAUGCAUUUGGGACGCAUUCAACAGGGGAAAUAUGAAUCAUUAAGAAGCUAUAUGAAACGUUUCAAUCUAGAGGCCGGGCAGAUCCCAGACCUACCCGACGGCGUCUCUUUCGAUAAUUUUAUCAGAGGAUUGAAGAAAGGAUCCUUCAAGUUUGACCUAGUCAAGAAGAGUGUACGGACUAUGGCCGAAGUUUUAGAUGAGGCUGAAGCAUUCAUCCACGCAAUAGAAAUAUGCAGCGCGUCCAAAGAUGGAAAGACGGGUGAAGCAACAGAUUCCUCAGGAAAGAAGGAUAAAAUAGACCGAAAGGCCCCACGGAAGCUUAAAGAGAGCCCUAGACGGCCUAGCCUCCAAAGGACACCUCAAAAUUACUUACAGAGAAAUACUCACGGCUCGGGAAAGAGCCAAUACAAGAAGAACAAGUCACAUGUCUCACCUACACAAGGAAACCACAACGAAGGAGGAUUUGUAGCCGUCAUUUCUGGGGGGCCAGCCGCUGGAGGACCCACCAUGAGGGGACAUAAAGACUACGCCCGCCGCCUAGGGAAAGUGAUGCUAUCAGGAAAGUCACAUGUGGACCCAUUCCCUCGGAUAGAGAUAUGUGAGUCGGAUGGCGGACGAGUAGCCACUCCGCAUGAUGAUCCUCUGGUGGUCGAGAUCAAAAUCUCCAAUAUGAGAGUCAAGCGUAUCCUGAUAGAUACUGGAAGCUCGUCCGACAUAAUGAGCAUGGAGUGUCUCAGCCGCCUAGCUCACGACCCUAAGAACAUGGAAAGCAUACACUAUCCCAUCAUUGGUUUUGGAGGAAGCAUUAUACAUCCUGCAGGCGUCAUCAACUUGCCGGUUCGAAUCGGGGAUCGAAAAGAUGGACGGAAGAUGGGUGUGAACUUCUUAAUUGUCAAGGACUUGACAGCCUACAAUGUCAUCUUGGGACGUCCCACCCUGAACAAGAUUAAAGCGGUAGUUGUCACUCAUCUCAUGCUCCUGAAGUUUGUAUGCGAUGAUGGGGCGAUAGGAACAAUACAUGGAGAUCAACAGCAAGCAAGAGAAUGCUACCUCACAACCCUCAACCCGUCAGCAUGGAAGAAAGAUUUGGCCAAAGCAAGAAGCAAGAGAAAGCAUGAGGAGGAACUACCUGCCGUCAAUGAGAGUAUACCGACCAAGAUAGAGAGAAGUGGCUAA